AAUCCCUUUGGGGCCAGGCGGCCUCAGACCCCAGAGCCAGGACACUGAGUCAGCCCGGACUCCCUCUUUCUGUCUUCUUCAGACCGCGCCAUGGGACUCAGCGACGGGGAAUGGCAGUUGGUGCUGAAUGUCUGGGGGAAGGUGGAGACCGACCUCGCAGGUCACGGGCAGGAGGUCCUCAUCAGGCUCUUCAAAGGCCACCCGGAGACCCUGGAGAAGUUCGACAAGUUCAAGCACCUGAAGACUGAGGAUGAGAUGAAGGGGUCCGAGGACCUGAAGAAGCAUGGCAACACCGUGCUCACUGCCCUGGGGGGCAUCCUCAAGAAGAAGGGCCAGCACGAGGCGGAGCUGAAGCCCCUGGCCCAGUCCCAUGCCACCAAGCACAAGAUCCCGGUCAAGUACUUGGAGUUCAUCUCUGACGCCAUCAUCCAGGUUCUCCAGAGCAAACACCCCGGGGACUUCGGGGCUGAUGCCCAGGCGGCCAUGAAGAAGGCUCUGGAGCUGUUCCGGAAUGACAUCGCGGCCAAGUACAAGGAGCUGGGGUUCCAGGGCUAAGCCCCGGGACGACCCCCCACCCCCCACCCCUGGGUGCCGGCCCCAAGGGAGGGUGGGACUGGUCACCCGUAGUCCCUAGAGUUUGCUUCAGAGUCUCUGCUUUAUUUCUGAGAGGCGGGUGGGGGAGGUGAGGAGGGCAGGGGGAGGCUGAGGGGGGCCUCCUCUGCCUGGGGACAGGGCUCCUUGUGGGGGUCAUCACCCUGGGAACCGGGAGAAGUGUGGCCCUUUACUCCCUGCAACCCGCAGCCUUGGGGUCCCCUGCUCUCUCCUGAACUCCAACCCAAUUCCUCCCACCUCCAAACUCAACCACACCGUCACCCGCACCUUCAAUCCCAACUCCAAGAUGUCAACAUAAAGAUUCUCUGACCCCUCCCCCCCCCCAUGAGAAAGAGGCCACACCCAUCCCAAAGGAGGUGGCGGGGUCGGGGGGCCUGGGGGACGGGGUCUGGGACUUAAGUGUGUCUUCUCAGCUAAUGGAGUGACUCACCUGGUUUUAAUAAAAGGCCCUGUGACGUGACA